UAGGAGCCUGGCAGAGCAGCUGCACACACGGCAGUGCGGAGGCAGAGAAGGGGUUGGUGAUACGGUGCUAUAAAUCUGUGGUCCAGUCCACCUCCCUUUUAAGACGUCCUCCCCCCUUAUUUCUGUUCUCGGUUAGAGAUGCAGCAGCUUACUCCUGUAGCGACCUACUAAAAAGCAACAAGGAGAAAGACAUCGUCUUUUUGAAAAAACGUUCUUUCGUCUCUUUUCUUUGUUCCUUCGUUUGUUUUUCUUGCCCCUUUUUGUUUAGUUGAACGGCAAUAGGAGGAUAGUCUCUCCGUCUUUUUAAACUCUCUUUUUUAAGUUUCCCCUCCCCUUUCAUAUUUUUUUUUCGCCAUUUCUUUUAGCGUUGGACUUUGGGGUCGAAAGCAUUUCUUUUUAUUUGCUUCUUUUAAGCCGAGCACAGUUUAGGUUUCGUGCUGUCUUAAGAGAACUAUCCAGCAGCUUCUUGCUCAUCCUUAUUGGGAGAACUGCACCGUUACUUUAAAAACACACAUACACAAAAACCUUAAGGGAGAAAGACGGCAACUCCAAACUAACAUGGCAGUCAGACUGUGUGAUGUGGCUUCUCUGCUUAGAAGUGGUUCGUGGGCAGCAGAGCCUUGGACUGGGCAGGUAAUUGCUGCCAUGGAAACACAACUGUCUAAUGGGCCAACUUGCAAUAACACAGCCAAUGGUCCAACCACCAUAAACAACAACUGCUCGUCACCAGUUGACUCUGGGAAUACAGAGGACAGCAAGACCAACUUAAUAGUCAACUAUCUUCCUCAGAACAUGACACAGGAAGAACUAAAGAGUCUUUUUGGGAGCAUCGGUGAGAUAGAGUCCUGUAAGCUUGUAAGAGACAAAAUAACAGGGCAGAGCCUGGGAUAUGGCUUUGUGAACUACAUUGACCCUAAGGAUGCAGAGAAAGCUAUCAACACCCUGAAUGGAUUGAGACUUCAAACCAAAACAAUAAAAGUUUCCUAUGCUCGCCCAAGUUCAGCUUCUAUCAGAGAUGCGAAUUUGUACGUCAGCGGACUUCCGAAAACAAUGACCCAGAAGGAGUUGGAGCAGCUUUUUUCACAAUAUGGACGCAUCAUUACUUCUCGUAUUCUUGUUGACCAGGUCACUGGCAUAUCAAGGGGUGUAGGGUUUAUUCGAUUUGACAAGCGGAUUGAGGCAGAAGAAGCUAUCAAAGGCCUAAAUGGCCAGAAACCUCCUGGUGCCACAGAGCCAAUCACUGUAAAGUUUGCUAAUAAUCCAAGCCAAAAAACCAAUCAGGCCAUCCUUUCCCAGCUGUACCAGUCUCCAAACAGAAGGUAUCCAGGACCACUAGCUCAGCAGGCACAGCGUUUUAGGUUGGACAAUCUGCUCAAUAUGGCUUAUGGAGUAAAGAGUAGGUUUUCUCCAAUGACCAUUGAUGGAAUGACCAGUUUGGCUGGAAUUAAUAUCCCUGGGCACCCAGGAACAGGGUGGUGUAUUUUUGUGUACAACCUGGCUCCUGACGCAGAUGAGAGUAUCCUGUGGCAAAUGUUUGGGCCUUUUGGAGCUGUCACCAACGUGAAGGUCAUCCGUGACUUUAACACCAAUAAAUGCAAAGGUUUUGGAUUUGUGACUAUGACAAACUAUGAUGAGGCUGCCAUGGCGAUAGCUAGCCUCAAUGGAUACCGUCUGGGAGACAGAGUACUGCAGGUCUCCUUUAAGACAAACAAAACGCACAAAGCCUAAUGAGCUCUUGUCCUCAGUCCAUUUAUAUAUGAAAACUAUACAACAAAGGCAAGUUAAGAGAAACUUUAUACAUUAGUAAAUGUCUUUGUAAGUCAGUGUUGAGAUGGGGAUAAAACGACUACUUAGCAUCCUAAGAAAUAUGUGAGAUUUUUUAUUGCUAGUAUUUGAAUUAAAACUUCUUAAAUAUCUUUUAUGUUUGAAUAUGGACAAGAGGUACAGGGUUUUUACCUGUCACAUUGCAUUCUAUUGCCUUCUUUGAAGAAGGUGGACCUUUUAAAGUGUUUCAGCUAAGGGAAGACAUUUCUUUUCUUUUUACAUAACUGCCUUGAACCUGUGAGUAAAUAUUGAGGCUUUGUGUUGUAAUUCUUCAGUUGGUUGUGUCUUUUUUCCCCCCUUUUAUUUCUUUUUCUGAUUAGCUUUGUGUUUGGUUUACAUUUAAAGCAUUGCUGUUAUGUCUAAGAAAAGUAUUUUGAAGUUUACAUUUUUAUUUAUGAAGUUAAAAACAGUAUUUAUUUUGUAAUUAUGAUUUGGGUUGGGGAAGGGGGGGGCUACAUUAUAAACGCUUAUUGUAAGAAUACUGGAGAACUUUUCGUAAAGCAGUACCUUGCCAAAGAGAUAAGAGCCUCUUUGAUGUGGGUUUAAAAAAAGCAUCUAUUUUUAUAAAAAAGAAAAUUUGGAGAAACUUUUUACUGGUCCUGGAACAAAUAUUUUGACUUGAAUACUUUGAGAAAUCUCUUCAUAUGACACCUAGUGAGCUUUUAAAAUUUACCAGGAAAUUUGCAGCGGUUGGAAAAUUUAGAAAGAUUUAUGAUGUAGAAAAUACUACUUUUGAGAUCUUUGUAUGAAAGGAGUAGAAUCAAUGGGGGAAACACUGCUGGUUUCGUUUUUGUAAUCACCAGUGGAGCGUCGGAUCAUCCUGGUUAUUAUGUGAUAGGUGGCUCACAUUGAUUUGUGAUUUUGAAACAAAUAAAAAAAAUUUACAAAAGAAUAUAUAAGAGCAGGCAAGAAAUUUAAAUUACCAAGAGAUGGGGGAAAAAAAAAUCUGUUCUUCCUAAAGAAAUCCCUUCAGAUAGAGCUCAUGGUGUUUAGUGAUGUACUUGCAGUAUUGUUUGAAGAAUUGUUUUGUCUUAAGGAAAAAAGAUGUUGCACAUGAUUUGUACUGCAGCAAAUCGGCAAAAGUGAUCUGAGUUGGAUAUAUUUGAAGGUAUUUUGAAAGUUACGUUCAAGGCUAACACCUGAGCUUUGUGUAAUGUAAAUAAGACCUUGUGUUUAUGAACCUUUCAGCUAAUUUGAUUUUUUUUUUCCCUUACAUGCCAAGUGAUGUUCAGGUUUUGAAUGUUUUUGUAUCAGUUUUUUUCCUUUGUAAAUGGCAUUAACAUUGUUACUUGAGGUCUUGCUUAAUCACUUUUGUUGUCCUGAGGACUUGAAUUUACAGUGCAUCAGAUUUGUUGCUAAUUUUGUCUGUAGAUAGUCUAGCUUCAGCUGUUUAUGGUGAUGCUACAUUUUCGUUUAUAAAUAUGUUUGUGGUAAAAAAAAAUGAGUAUAACCAUAGGUUUUGAACAAAUUUCCUUACAUUUUUCAUACAAAAAUCAUAAAUAUCUGUAUGCUACUGAAAUUUAACUUUGUAUGAUGCUUAAACCACUAUUUGGGGAAAUAAUAAAAUAAGUCUUUACCAUGUAUGAAAGAAAUUUUAAAAAAUACAAAAUAUUUUCUGAUUAGCAUCUAGCUUAUAAUAAAUUUUCAAAAAAGCUGAAGGCAAAAAUGCCUUCAUCAGGAUGCACUGAGAACUAUAUAGUUACGUCCUGCUUUUUGUAUAAACUGAGAUGCUCACAUGCUUCCCCUUAGAACAGGCAAUGUGCUAUGCAUAACAUAGUUGUACAUUAUCUUUGCGGUUGCGUUGAGUUUUAUUUUUUAUUAUUUAAAAUUGUAGUUAUAAAAUUUUUCAGUAUAGUACAGUACAUAUACUGUGAGGCGCGUGCUAAAGUGAAUAAGCGAGUUUUCAUGCUGACCCACUCAAUGCUAUUCAGAAAUCAAUUGGCUUAGCACUUUCUCAUAUCCUUAGGUGCAUUUAGAUUGUCAGAGUUAACCUUCUGCGUUUAAAAAAAAAAACUAAAAAACAAAAUACAUGUAUAUACUUAAAAAAAAAAAUAAGGUUUCCCUCAUGGGAAAACAGCAGCUACAUGCUUCUUUCCUAUACUACUGUAGCAAACCAAGGCAUUGAUGAGAGGGCAUGCAAAUUGUGCUUCACUUUACAGUGUUUAUCAGAGCACUUAAUAAAAUGUAAGGCUGGUAUUUAUUUGAAGUUGUACAGUAUGACUUAAUUCACAUCUGUUGGAAUAGAAAAUAUAUUCUGUUGAGUAUUUAAGAGGCUGUACAUGUUUUCUUUUGUGUUUGGAUUCUUUGUACUUUUUCAUGUUCAGUACAUCAAUAAACAAAGUUGAAGGGAAAGAACAGUGUGGUGAGUAGGUCUUUAUACACAUUUUGGGGGCUCCUGUGCUCAGGCUAAUAAACUACCUUCUUGAGUUAAGAGGUUCUCUCAGAGCUUUAGUUGAAAGCUGUGUUAUCUAAAGUAAGAAUUCCAGAAGCAUGUUAAUUGAAGUAGAAUGUGCAAAAAAAAUUUUUUUGAAUGACAUUUCUGAUAGUUAGCUUUCAAAUAUUACUUAAUGAGUAAUUUUUAUAGAAAUACGUGCUUUCAUCUGCUAGUUGUAAAGUUUGGGUAAUUGGAUGCUGACAUCAUUCUAUUGCUCUGAUUUAAUAAUCACCAACUUUUUUUUUCCCCCUUAAACAAAUGGGACUUGUCCUCACACAUUUACUUGAGCUAAAGAAAAACCAAAGAGAAGGAAGAUAACUUAUUCUGCUUCUGCCGGCAAGGUUUAAUUCACCCGUGGGAUUAACUGCUGGUGUGUGAGAUUUAUUUUUGUUGCCCAAGUGCCAGAUUGUCAAGAGACUCUUCCCUGAAAUCAGAAACUCCGUUUUCCUUAGGUUAAGGCUGCUGUAGGUGGCACAUGUCCACGUCAGGAACUGUGCCAACCUAUGUUGCAUAUACAUGUUUAGUUUCCAUUACACAUCCUUACC